GGACAGGCGGACAGGCGGACCUGGUGACAGCCGCGCCGACCGGCGAGCCGCCGUCCGGCCAGAGGGGCCAGUUCGCCAUGUGUCCCUGCAUCUGCUGACCCAGGAGCGCCGAGGAUGUCCGCCCUGAGGAAGGCCUUUCCCUGGUCUGAGGCUCGGCCGUAGCUGCCCACGUCCCAGUGGCCGCCAGUGACCGCCCUCGGCCCGCGCCCUCAGCCAGCAUGGGGACUGCUCAGGUCCUGCCCGGCAUCCUGCAGAAGCACUGCUGCCUCUCCCCCGACAGGAACACAGUGGGAACGGCCCGUCGUGCUUCGGCCUCGGGGACCCCGCGCCGUGGAAUCGCACCCGUCGUUGCCGUUGUUCGGAAAUGUCUGGCUGAGCGGAAGCCCGACCUUCAGUCCUGGCGCUGCGACCUUGGUGUUUCAGAGUCGCAGUGCACACUGUGCGGGGAGCCGGAAGAGGAAGAGGGCGGGGACCUGGUCCAGCCGGGCAUCAGCUUCCCGGGGCCGGCGGAGGAGGACCUAGACCAGCAGUACUCGUGGUCGCCCGCCCAGCACUUCAAUGAGGACAGGUACUCCCCAGCCCCCAGGACCAUGAAGGGGCUGUCGGGGAGCCGGAACGCACCCCCGCUGUGCUCGGGCCACACCUGCGGGCUCGCGCCCCCCGAGGACCUGCUGCUGGGGCCGGACGCGCGGCAGCCCUACCUGCUGAGCCCCGGGGACGGCUGCCCGCUGGAGCACCGCCGCUGCUCGCCGCGCAGCUCCGUGCACUCCGAGUGCGUGAUGCUGCCCCUGGUGCUGGCCGACCACGUGUCCAGCAGCACCUUCCCCAGGAUGCACUACAGCUCCCACUACGACACCAGGGACGACUGCGCUGGGCCCCACGCCAGCGCCAAGGCCAACCGGAUCCCUGCCAACCUCUUGGACCAGUUCGAGAAGCAGCUCCCGCUGCACAGGGACGGCUUCCACACGCUGCAGUACCAGAGGACUUCCUCGGCCAACGAGCCGCGCGGAGAGAGCCCGGGGCGCAUCCGGCACCUGGUGCACUCGGUGCAGAAGCUCUUCACCAAGUCCCACUCCCUGGAGGGCUCCUCCAAGGGCAACGCCAACGGGGCCAAGGGCGACGGCCGGGGCGAGGACCACCACGGCCACCACUCCAAGCACAGCAAGCGGAGCAAAAGCAAGGACCGCAAGCCCGAGGGCAAGCACAGGUCAGGCCUGAGCAGCUGGUGGAGCUCUGAUGACAACCUGGACAGCGACAGCACCUGCCGGGCCUCCAGCGUGGUGCACCGGCACCUGGCGGACCACGCGUCCCACUGCUACCCGGAGCCGCUGCCCGGCCCCUUCGGGGACCUCUCCCUGAAGACGUCCCGGAGUAACAACGACGUCAAGUGCUCCGCCUGCGAGGGCCUGGCCCUGACGCCCGACACCAAGUACAUGAAGCGCAGCUCCUGGUCCACGCUGACCGUGAGCCAGGCCAAGGAGGCCUACCGCAAGAGCUCCCUGAACCUGGACAAGCCCCUGGCGCACCAGGAGAUCAAGGCGCCCUUGAGGCCGUGCCAUUACCUCCAGGUGCCGCAGGACGAGUGGGCCGGGUAUCCGGCGGGCGGCAAGGACGGGAUCCCCUGCCGGAGGAUGCGCAGUGGCAGCUACAUCAAAGCCAUGGGCGACGAGGAGAGCGGGGAGUCGGACUCCAGCCCCAAGACGUCCCCGACGGUGGCCCUGCGGCCGGAGCCCCUGCUCACCUCGCUGGCGGGGCUGCACACCCAGAGCUACUUGCAGGCGGCCAGCGACGGGCCUGCCAGCCACAGCCUGGACCCCGCCGCCAACUACAGCUCCCCGAAGUUCCGCUCGCGGAACCAGAGCUACAUGAGAGCGGUCAGCACGCUGAGCCAGGCCAGCUGCGUGAGCCAGAUGAGCGAGGCCGAGGUCAACGGGCAGUUCGAGUCGGUGUGCGAGUCCGUCUUCGGGGAGGUCGAGUCUCAGGCCAUGGACGCCCUGGACCUGCCCGGCUGCUUCCGCACGCGGAGCCACAGCUACCUCCGGGCCAUCCAGGCCGGCUACUCCCAGGACGACGAGUGCCUCCCUGCGCUGACGCCCUGCCCCGCCACCUCCACCGUCAGGCCCGCGGCAGCUGUCUCGUACACGAACUACAAGAAAACACCGCCGCCCGUGCCCCCUCGGACCACCUCCAAGCCCCUGAUCUCGGUGACCGCGCAGAGCAGCACGGAGUCCACGCAGGACGCCUACCAGGACGGCCGCGCCCAGAGGGUGUCCCCGUGGCCCCAGGACGGCCGGGGCCUCUACAACUCCACGGACAGUCUGGACAGCAACAAGGCCAUGAACCUGGCCCUGGAGACGGCUGCCGCCCAGCGCCUCGCCGACGGCCUGGGGCGGGCCAGCGACAAGGCGGAGGACUUCCUCCGGAGCCGGCGCGCUUCCAUCGGGAUCCAGGACUCUGAGUUCCCAGAGCGCCCGCCCUACCCAAGGUCAGAUGUGGAAACCGCGACCGACUCCGACACGGAGAGCCGGGGCCUGCGGGAGUACCACUCCGUCGGCGUGCAGGUGGAAGACGAGAAGCGGCGCGGGCGGUUCAAGCGCUCCAACAGCGUGACGGCGGGCGUGCAGGCGGACCUGGAGCUGGAGGGCUUCCCGGGGCACGUCCCCACGGAGGACAAGGGCCUGCAGUUCGGCUCGUCCUUCCAGCGGCACUCGGAGCCCAGCACCCCGACGCAGUACGGCGCAGUGCGCACGGUGCGCACGCAGGGCCUCUUCAGCUACCGGGAGGACUACCGGGCGCCGGCCGACACGACGACCCUGCCGGCGCCCGAGCCCUGGCUGGAGCCGGCCGUGGACGCGGGGGACGGCGGGCGGGUGUCGCCCUGCCGCAGGGACGGCUCCUGGUUCCUGAAGCUGCUGCACACGGAGACGCAGAGGAUGGAGGGCUGGUGCAAGGAGAUGGAGCGGGAGGCGGAGGACAACGACCUCGCGGAGGAAAUUCUCGGCAAAAUCCGGAGCGCCGUGGGCAGCGCGCAGCUCCUGAUGUCACAGAAGUUCCAGCAGUUUUACUGGCUGUGCCAACAGAACAUGGACCCCAGCGCCAUGCCCAGACCCACCUCCCAGGACCUGGCCGGCUACUGGGACAUGCUGCAGCUCUCGGUGGAGGACGUCAGCAUGAAGUUCGACGAGCUGCACCAGCUGAAGCUCAACGACUGGAAGGUGGCAGAGUCUCCGGACAGGAAGGAGGAACGGAAGGCCCCCCCGCCAAUACCAAAGAAGCCCCCCAAAGGGAGACUUCCGGUCACGCGAGAGAAGUCCCUGGACCUGCCCGACAGGCAGCGGCAGGAGGCCCGCCGACGCCUGCUGGCCGCCAAGCGCGCUGCGUCCUUCCGCCAGAACUCGGCCGGCGAGCACGCGGACAGCAUCGAGAUCUACAUCCCGGAGGCGCAGACCCGGCUCUAGGGCCGCCGCACCGCCCCCGCCCUCCCCCGCGG